GGAAGAGUGACCUUUGAGGACAUCACUGUGACCUUCACCCAGGAGGAAUGGCAGCAGCUGAACCCNGAACAGAGAAACUUGUACAGGGAUGUGAUGCUAGAGAACUUCAGCAACCUGUUCUCAGUGGGUAAAAAUACAAACACCAAACCCUAUGUGAUCUUGAGGUUAGAAGAAGAUGCUGAUCCACGGGUGGUGGAAGAAGGCAUUUUGUACUCUGUUUUAGAAAAAGACUGGAACAAUGAGGGGCACGUUUGGAGGCCCCAGGAUGUGGAAGAGAGUUUCACGACAAAAGAAGUUGCAUCGGCCAACAAAACAAUGUUGACUAAGCAAAAAGGCAUUGAACAUGAAAAAUUUAAAGAAAUAUUUCUACUGAGCAUAGAUGAUGUUCCUGCAAGACUCAGAUUCUUCGGACGUGACCCAUUUGAAAGAUAUUUGAAACAUAGUUUAGAUAUGAAAAGCUGUGAAAAAAAUAUUUAUAAAUAUAGUGGAUACAUACAAUUAGUUGACCAUAAUCCAUCCAAAUUUGUAGAAAGCCAACUUAAAUGUAAUGCCUGUGGAAAAUUAUUCAGUUCAAAGACAUGCCUUCAGAGUCACCUCAGGGUGCACACUGAUGAAAAAUCCUUUGAAUGUAAUACAUGUGGAAGAGCAUUCAGGGAGAAGUGGAAACUCAAAGGACAUCAGAAAAUUCAUGCAAAGGGGAAACUCUUUAAAUGUGAUGAGUGUGGAAAAGACUUCAAGCAAAAGUCAAAUCUCAUUCAACAUCAGAAAAUUCAUAUUGAAGAGAAAUCCUAUAAAUGUAAAACAUGUGGGAAGGCCUUUUCCUGGAAGUCAUCCUGCAUUAAUCAUGAGAAAAUUCAUAAUGCCGAGAAAGCCUAUCAAUGUAAUGAAUGUGGGAAAUCCUUCAAACAGUGCUCAACCCUCAUUAAACAUAAAAAAGUACACACUGGACAAAAGCCCUAUAGAUGUAAGGACUGUGCAAAAGCUUUUGUUUACAAGUCUGCUCUUGUGCAACAUGAGAGAACACACACUGGAGAGAAACCCUAUAAAUGUAGCAUAUGUGAGAAGGCCUUUUCCCAGAAAUCAAAUGCCAUUGAUCAUGAGAAAAUUCAUGCUGGGGAGAGAGCUUAUGAGUGUAAUCUAUGUGGUAAUACCUUCAUUCAGAAGAAAAACCUCAUUCAACAUAAAAUAAUCCAUACUGGAAUAAAAGCCUAUGAAUGUAAUACAUGUGGGAAAGCUUUCUUUCAGAAAUCAAACCUCUAUACCCAUCAAAAAAUUCAUAGUGGAGAGAGAGCUUAUGAGUGUAAUCUAUGUGGUAAUACCUUCAUUCAGAAGAAAAACCUCAUUCAACAUAAAAUAAUCCAUACUGGAAUAAAAGCCUAUGAAUGUAAUACAUGUGGGAAAGCUUUCUUUCAGAAAUCAAACCUCUAUACCCAUCAAAAAAUUCAUAGUGGAGAGAGGCCCUACGUGUAUAAUGAAUGUGGAAAAUCCUUCAGCCGGAAGCUAAGUCUCAGUUUGCAUAAAAAAACUCAUACUGGAAAAAAAAUCUUAUGA